AUGAGCACCAAGAACUGGCCUCAUAACGGCCACGGCGCCGAGCCCCGGGACCGGGAUGACUUCGCCGGCCGCUCCUCCGUCGACCACCACCACGAACCCGACGAGCACACCCGCCUCCUCCCCAACCGGGUAGACAGCACCGGCAUCCCCUACCUCUCGCCCGACGACCCCGCCGUCUCGCCCUACAACCUCUGGACCGUCCGUCUCGUUCGCGCCGUCACCGUUGUGCUUACCUGCCUGACCUUCAUCUGGUGGGUGCUGAUGCUGGUGUCGGUCUUCGUGACGCCUCCCGGUUUGCACGCGCGGGGGUCGCCCUUUUUUGCGUUUAGCUAUACUACGGUUGCUCUGAUCACGCUGAUUACGAGCUUGCUGUUCUUUGCGGUGCCGAGUAAACCCGCGCGGGUGGUCAGCAUUGUUACGGCGGUGUUGUUGCUGGUGGAUGUGGUCAUCAUGUUGGCGGUGGAGAAGACAAGACAUGAGGAGUUGUGGGUGGGCGUGGCGAGCGUGAUUUGGGCGACGCUGAUGGCGGUUUGGGCGGUGGCUGCUGAUCGGACUGUGCAGUGGGGAAAGACUGAGGAAGAAGAACGGCUCACCGGCCGCCCGGAGACAAGGCGUACACUGUUCGAAUGGGUACAGGUGCUUUUGUCCAGCAUCAUGUUGACGCUUGUGUCGAUCGUGGUAUUGCUCACCACUUGCACCCUCACGCUUCGUGCUCUGGACGCGAGGGUGGCGCCACCGGGCGAACGGUACUGGGUUGACGAGGACAAGUACCAGAUCCAUCUGUUCUGUUCCGGUCCCAAGUUGGAUGCUCAUGGAAACAGGACGACCACCGUGCUCUUCGAGGGCGGCGAGGAUGCAGUUGAGCAUGGGCUCUGGCAGUUUGCUGAGAACGCGGUCAAGAACGGUUCCAUUGCCAGAUAUUGCUUUGCUGACCGGCCGGGUAUCGCCUGGAGUGACGCGGCCCCUUCACCACUCUCUGUGAGCAUGGCAUCUGAUGUUUUGAGCGAAGCGUUGUCUCGCGCAGGGGAGGAUGGACCUUGGGUACUCGCCAGCGCCGGCAUCGGUUCCUUGUAUUCCCGAGUCUUCAGCUCGCGACACGGCCAAGAAGUGCGCGGCCUUCUGAUGAUCGAUCCCUUGCACGAAGACCUUCUUUACCGGGUCGGAGCCCCCGGUCGCGGCUUCCGUCUCUGGUUGCAAGGCGUCCUCUCCCCAUGCGGCCUGGACCGCAUCCCCGCCGCCAUCCUCCGAGGCCGAAGCGCCAGGGACCGGAUUUACGGCGGGUCUGCCUAUCAGUCCGGAGGAGUAAUCUUUGCAAAGCUGCAGGAAAGUCUGGUUGCCAACUCGCUCACCCGGCGUGAUGUGGUGUCAAGCAGAACCAUCCAGUACAAGACCACACCCGUGGUGGUGGUGACGUCUGGUGUGCAGAUGCGGAAGGACAGCGAAUGGGAGAGCAAGCAACGAGAUCUAACCCAUCUUACAUCGAAUCUGGAGGAUUGGGACAUUGUUGACCAGGCACCUCACCAAGUCUGGCGGACUUUAGAGGGACGUGAGAUGAUUGAGAAGAGACUGAGGAAGUUGGUUCGCUUGUAG